AUGGUUGACCCAAUGGCACCGGUGAAUGAUGAUCCUAGUAAUAAGACUGAUUAUUUAAGGUUUAACGACAGUAAUGCUUCUGUAGUGAACGAUAUGCGUCCAACCACCGUCGCGCUUCUCCACCAAAAGCGACAUAGUUCUUCCUCGCACAAUGAUACACCAGAGUCGUCGUUCGUUAAGAGAAGAGUGCCUGGAGUUGUAGAGCCUGUGGGAAAGGGAUUUAUAGAUGGAAUAGCUAGCGGCCAAGUCUCGGUACAGAACACCCCCUCUAAAACGGAUGACAUAUCCAGAAGACCGAGCAUUUCUCGGAAAGCUAUGGAGACAACCCCGAAAGUUAAUACUGCCUCUAUUUCAACCAUCGACGUACCCAAAUCUCCAUACUAUAUGAAUAAAUCAGCCAUCACUCGAAAUAUGGAAGUUGUCUCCAGGGGCAACUAUGCCGAAAAUACAACAUCGCAGAUGAGAACUGAUGAAUCAAUGGCUACUUCAAAUGGUAUUUAUAGUAAUUCACAGCCACAGAGCCAGGUAACGCUGUCCGAUUUUAGAACGGCUCCCGCUUUCGCUACUUCUCCCCCACCUGUGACGAGACAGUUACCUUCUGCACAGCCAAAUCAGACAUUCAUUAAAAAAUUACAGGAAAUUUACAGAAUCAUAGUAGUGCAAGAAACUGAGUUGCAGCAAAGGUGCCUGUUUUUGACCACCUCUCAAACAACCGAAUUGAAAAGUUUAUGGGCAAUAUAUAGGUUGAACACAGAAUUGAUCAAAAAUUACAUCAACUUCAUCAUCACUGCAUUAUUAACCACACAACCGAUAAACGAUUUAAUUAUGGGCCAAGAAAUCCUGGAUAUUUACAGGAUAGAGAAAAGGUUGUGGGUAUACGGCAUAAUAACCUUCUUAGAUGUACUAAAGAACUUUUCAAACUUUAUGGACCCUGAAGUAUGCUGCCAAUUUAUCAUAUACGCUUUCAUCUCCGUCUCAAGCAUGCUUGAAGAUAUACCAUUGAAAUAUUCCAUUUUGUGGAGGCAAAGGCUGGGUGAUUUAUCUAGAAUGGCAAUUUCCCUGUAUCCCUCAGGAUUUAUAGAUUGGAGGUUGAGCGCCGAAUAUUGGUAUACCGAAUCAAUGAAAUACAUAUACGGGUGUGGCAAGCUUUAUUAUCAUAUUGCCACAGUUCAACAGAACAGUUUAGAAGCGUUUGUCAACUUGGGAAAAAGUGUGUUUUGUCAGGAUCUCUUUACUCCAUCUCAACAAACGUUACAGUUAUUGAUUGAAAAUAUUUAUCAAUCUGCAUUCAUAGAUAGGAGUUCAGCUGGUACUAACAACAAUGAAACCGCUCAUAGAAAUUCCCAGUUAAUUGACUACUUAAAACAUACUGAAGUAAUGUUACUACCAAGUUUCUUGGAGAAUAUGGACUUGCAGCAUGUUGUACUAAUGUAUUUCAAAGACAAAUUCGGCAAGGACUUUAACGGUAAUGACAUUUUUGAUACGAAAGAUAUGUUUUGCCAGAACCCGGAGUCACUACGGUAUUAUUUCAGGCACGCCCCUGCAUUUGCCGAGUCUCAACUUUUACAACUAAUAGGUUUUGGUAAUCCUAAAAACCCAUUUGCAUUACUGUUUCAAUUGCCUAAAUAUCUGAAAUUGAAAAGGCAUAAAAGAGAAAAAAAGAAAUCCGGUGCCACGGAGGUACCCCAAUACAGAGAUCCAUUCGAUGACCAAAUAAGCUCGGAAAGCUACUUCCAGAAUAUCGAUUCAUUAACUUCAAAUUUUGAUGAUAUUCCAACAAAUCUCAAUAUUUGGUUGGAUUCUCUAAAUCACAUAAAUAUGACGUCAAUACAAUGCAGCAUACACGUAUUAACGAAAUUUCUUCAUGCGCCUUUAGUGGUUGCCUUACCGCAUUUUUUAACUUGGUUACAUUUCAUAGUUGCAAUCUUGAAGAAGCUUGAAACUGUAAAUUCAAAAGCUGUAAGUGGAUUUUGGAUACAUUUUCUAAGAAGAACAAUGCCGUGGAACUCCAUGGUAAACCUAGCCAACGUUUUAGUUUGCUACAUGCUAGAUAAUAUACAUCCGUUUUUAGAAAGAGAGUUAGAGAGAUUUUACUCAUUAGAACUUGAUGAUUUGAUUGAAUAUUUCAACGAAAAUGAAAAUCUACCAGAGAUUUGGAAGUGUUGGGGGAGCCUGUGGUUUGAUGCAAUUAAGAAAUGCGAUGUGAUGGAAAUUCCCGGUGUUCAAGAUCAUCUUUUUUUUGAUUCUCCCCUUGACGGUAUAGUCUUCGAUGAAAAAGAUGAAAUUGGUGAGAGAUUCUGGAUACGAAGUAUAAGAACAAUUCUAAUUUUGAAAGGGGUUGCCAAAAAAUUCCCCGAUUUGGGGUUAAAAGUAAAUUUCCAAGCCCCAGUGUUUUGUCGUCGAAAUGAUAUUUCACCAGAUUAUUUUUUAAAAAAUUUUACAUUCAAAUUAGACGAAUACGAGGAAAACGAUCAUAACGAUAACAAUGAAUUGGACGAACUUUAUGAUACGAUUGAAAUAAAUGAGAAAAUCGAACGUGUUAAUAGGGACCUGCGAGCCACACCAAACCUGAGCGUCGUUUCUGGUGAGAAUAUCUUCGAAUAUACUGGUUAUACGAGAUUGACACCAGACUACCACUGCUUUGAUAAAAACGGCGGGUUCAACAGUGCGUUUAUUUACAGCCAAUGGUCCAAUGUUGGGAACGGUAUGGUCUUAGAUGUAAGCAGCGAAUCAAUGUAUGAUGCUGCUAACAACAACUUGAGCCCGCAUUGGGAGAAAAUUUUCUUCGAUAGAAUUACCACCGCUGGACAUAAUGGUGACAAGAAUGGGAACUGUUCGGUUUAUUUUGUCAUCGACGCUACUUCAUGGCUGAGACAUUUUGCGCAUAUUUUCAAACUAGCGAAGAACAAUAUUCUCAAAUUUGCCAUUUGUUUAACUACAUUUCAAGAAUUGCGUUAUUUAAGAGGUUCAAAAGACGAUAAUGUUGUCGAAGCAGCAACGAGGUCUGUGAUAACCAUUCGGCAACUGUACGAUGAAAAGAAAAUAAUCCCUUUGAGAUUUACGGGGAAUAUAGCCACGAAUGUUGAAGAAAAUUUAGAGUUUGAAGAGCAAAUCACUUGGGAAACACACGUGGACGAAUUUGUCAUUGAUGCUAUUGCUAAACUAAACCAAAACUUCCAAACUGAACGACUGAUUGAUAAAAACAAGAACAAGAACAACGCAUAUGCAGUUUUGGUGACGGAUGAUGAUAAUAUGGACGGUAAGGCAAAGGACAAAAUGAUUAAAACGUGCAAUACAAAAUACUUAUUUUCAUUGGGUAGCAAAAUCGGCAUUAAUUCUGGACUAUGUACCAACUAA